AUGGAAAAUAUCUUUAUGCAAUUUGCUAGAAAGCAAGGUCAAAAUUCUUUCAGAAAAAGAUUAGGUGUUUACAGCUAUCGUAUGAAGCAUAGCCAAUAUCAUAAAAAACCUGGUUUGAUCGAUUUGCGUACAAAGGAAGAAUUAAAAAAGUAAGGAGUUUAAGGAAGAUAUAAAAUCUAUCGCAUGGAAAGAGAUUCUGACAGAUUAUUCGGUCAAUUCUCAGCUAGAAGUAAGUUCUUGUUUGAUAGUUAAAGAGUUCCUUUCUUAGAUAUUCCUGAUUUAACUGAUUUCGAUCUUAAGCCAUAUGUCUCAGUACACACACCUAGAAUAGAAAAGGAAGAUAUUAUUAAAAUUAUUAAAUUAAAUGACUUUACAAAUCCUGUAAAUUUUAACAGAUACACAUAAAUUGAUAGUCUUGAAGCUCCUAAAAAAGUUGAAAAAAAAGCUGAAAGCAGUGCUUAAAACUGA